CGUGCGCGGCGAGCGGGCCCGCGGCCCCUCAGCUGCGCUCGACAUGGCGCUGAGGCGAAGGCCCUCGUUGGUCCUGCUGCUGCUGGUCGUGCGGGGCUGCUUAAUCAGGGCCGUGAAUCUCAAAUCCAGCAACCGGAGCCCAGUGGUUCAGGAAUUUGAAAGUGUGGAACUAUCUUGUAUCAUUACGGAUUCACAGACAAAUGACCCCAGGAUUGAAUGGAAGAAGAUCCAAGAUGAACAAACCACCUAUGUGUUUUUCGACAACAAGAUUCAGGGAGACCUCACCGACCGUGCAGAGCUGCUGGGGAAGACGUCUCUGAAGAUCUGGAACGUGACCAGGACAGACUCGGCCCUUUACCGCUGCGAGGUGGUUGCUCGGAAUGACCGCAAGGAGAUCGAUGAGAUCGUCAUCGAGUUGACUGUGCAAGUGAAGCCGGUGGCCCCCGUGUGCAGAGUGCCACGGGCUGUGCCCGUGGGCAAGGCGGCCACCCUGUCCUGCCAGGAGGGCGAGGGCUUCCCACGGCCGCACUACAGCUGGUACCGCAACGACGUGCCGCUGCCCACAGACUCCAGGGCCAACCCCCGCUUCCGAAACUCCUCUUUCGUCUUAAACCCUGAGACGGGCACUCUGGUGUUCAGUGCCGUCCACAAGGAGGACUCGGGCCAGUACUACUGCAUCGCAUCCAACGACGCGGGCUCGGCCCGCUGCGAGGAGCAGGACAUGGAAGUGUAUGACCUCAACAUCGGCGGCAUCAUCGGGGGGGUCCUAGUCGUCCUGACCGUCCUGGCCCUCAUCACAGGGGGCAUCUGCUGUGCCUAUAGACGUGGCUACUUCAUCAGCCACAACCGCAACGGGGAAAGCUACAAGAACCCAGGGAAGCCAGAUGGAGUUAACUAUAUCAGGACAGAUGAGGAGGGCGACUUCAGACACAAGUCCUCAUUCGUGAUCUAGAUGGUGGCGCGGCUGUGUGCACACGCAGACACCUCCACGGGGGACCCUGCCAGGAGCAGCCCCUCAAGGGGCGCCGGAUGGGGCUAGACACGCGCACAAAAGCUUUUGUUUUGGCCAAAGUUGACCGCUACUCCUUUCUUACUUUUUAACAAGCUACACGAAUAAAAGAGUUUUCCUGGAGAUGGGCAAGUCACCACAAGGCGAGGAAGUGGCUGGGUUCGCCAAGCCAACCCCGUGGGGUCUGCCGGCCUCAAGGUGGGCAGCCCGGGCUCGGGAGGCACGGUGACCUGUCCUGUGGUGGGGCCACACUGGCAUGAGCGUCCAGGGCUGGCAGCCAGGGUCAUGGCCUGAGUCUUGGCUGCAGUGAUGGGGCUCCACAUUGGCCCUGGGGUCACUUCAUCCCCAGGCUUUGCCAAGAUAGUCCUGGUGUCCAUCUGGGGGAUUCUUUUUGGGUCAGCAUUUUAUAACAGCAGCCCAGAUCAGGACAGUAAACAGCUUGUUAGAAGGAGGGAUCUUCUUAGCUGUGGGAACCCUGCUCAUCCACAGAGGGUCCCAGCAUUGGAGAGCCUUCAUCUUGUGCUGAAUCUGAAAUGGUACUGACAUGAUGUUCUGCUUUUCUAUGGGUGUUUAUUUUAUAAAAUUUUACAGUCUAAA